CUUUCGAGGCAAGAACUCAAAAGUGCCAGUUGCUCUUUGGGGUUCAUACAAAAAAUAAGACACAAGAAAAAGAUAAAAGGAUUUCCUGAAACCAAACACGACCACGGAUAAAACAGUGUUAAGUUAAUUUUGUGAAAGAAGUAACAUAAAAAUUGUAUUCGCGGUUGGUGAUAUCUAAGGAAUAAACUAAGUUUAUUUUUGUGAUAAAUCUAAUUUAUAAAGCUAACAAAAAACAACACACUUUCAAAAAUGAAAUUCAGUGAAAAUAUGAUGCUCUGCUCAUUUCUGCUAACAGCUUUGCUUUUUAGCUCAUCAUCAGCCGAAGUUGAACAGAGUAAAACUCGACGAGGAGGUGGAGGUACUGCUGGCCUAUUUGCUUUUCCCCGUGUUGGACGCAGUGAUCCUAGUCUUUCAGAACAAACUGGAGGCUAUGAUAACUUAUUUCCAGCUUCAUAUGAAGAAUAUGAUGAAUAUCCAAAAAUUUCGGAAAUGAAAAGGGCAAAAAUGGUUGCUUUCCCAAGAGUUGGCAGAUCUGAUUCACAACUGAGGAAUUGGGCACGCAUGGCUGCUUUGCAACAAUCCUUGGACAAACGAACUGCACCAAGUGCUAAUUCGGGAUUAUGGUUUGGACCAAGACUAGGACGAAUUCAAAAGCGAAGCAUUAUGGAUGAUGAACAUAAAACUGAACAAUUGUAAAGAUCCUGCGCAAUAUAUCCUUGACUCUCCCUGGCAUAAUAAAAACAUGAUUAAGUAAAAACCAUUAUAUGAAAACACUGCUGACAAACAUAAAAAUAAAGAAGAAAAUCCCAAAAAAAAACAACAAUACUUAUACUAAAUUAAAUAACAAUAAAUAUAUUUUAAUAAUUAUAAAUUUUGUUAAUGCAUACAUUUAAUACACAUAUAUAUAUAAAUUAAUAUUUAAAAAAGAAGAGAUCAAUUAAAUAAUAUUAACACAUACAAUACAUUUGUAAUAUAUAAAACCUCAUUAAAAUAUAAAUUCUAAAUAAAAUGAAUGCACUUUGUAAUAAAAAUUGACAACCAACUUAACGAAAGGAAACAAUACAUUUUUUUAAAUCAGGCUGGAUAAGAUUUUUCGAACUAUAAGAAUGUAAAAUUUCUUAUGGUGAAAAUCUUGGUUUUAAAAAUUGUAUAAACAAAUAUUUUAUUACAAAAUGUCAUUGGUUUCAUAUAAUAAUAUAUGGUAAUCAUUUAUUAUGCCUUAUUAUUUCAAUUUCAUGUAAAAACAUUAAAUUUAUUAUACCCAUGCGUAAAUGUUAUAAUAUUUUGAAAAACUAAGUUGCAAAAAUGUAUAAUUAUAUAUUGUU